AUGUCACAGCUGCCAUGGCCACCCAAGUUGGAGGAAGGACGAGCUGCUCCACAUGUCUACGAGCGGUGGCUAAGAUACUUUGAUGGGCUGAGCUUCCCACCCACGCUCCUCGGCUCCCACUCCCGCACUUUGAACGAGCAAGACACGACAAGCAACGAGGUGACAAGGUUGCUCAAACACAGCACUGUAGCACUGCUCCGUAGCUCCCAGGCGUACCAUGUUCUCGCCAUGCUCCGCUCUUUGCACAAUAUGGACCCGCUCCACGAGGAUAGGUGGUACGAGAACAUGAGAACUGAGGUAUGA